GACAGCCAUUUUGCACAGUCCCUCUUCCACCCAGAAAGUAGGUUGUCGUGGGAAGACGUAAUCAGAGAAAACUACUAACUCAUAAAUCCCACUAUACACCCAUUCCCUUGUGUGAGCAUACUAUACCUACUUAAUUCCCACCGUUUGACAAAGGGGGCAUCGAGGGUUUACGGGAGCAACGUUUCAGAAAAGCAAAGCCACAGAGAGGUGUUUGACAAAGACACUGGAUGGAUAGCAUCGACGCCGAAACCCUCUACCUGACCACAGCGCAGCACGGGCAACCUCAAUGCGAGCUUUCCCUUCCUGCUGUGGAAGUACCUGCCCUUGGCGGAACAAAGAAGAUGAACGGGUCUCUGGACCACCCAGACCAGCCCGACAUUGACACAAUCAAGAUGUUUGUGGGUCAGGUCCCCCGGACGUGGUCAGAGGAUCAGCUGCGUGAGCUGUUUGAGCCCUAUGGUGCAGUAUAUGAAAUCAAUGUUCUUCGAGACAGAAGUCAAAACCCCCCACAGAGUAAAGGUUGUUGUUUUGUCACAUAUUACACCCGUAAAUCUGCGUUAGAAGCACAAAAUGCCCUUCACAACAUGAAGAUUCUUCCAGGGAUGCAUCAUCCCAUUCAGAUGAAGCCUGCAGACAGUGAGAAAAACAAUGCUAUAGAAGACAGAAAGCUGUUUAUUGGAAUGAUUUCGAAGAAAUGCAACGAGAACGACAUCAGGCUCAUGUUUUCUCCUUAUGGUCAAAUUGAGGAGUGCCGCAUACUCCGAGGUCCUGAUGGACUAAGUCGUGGCUGUGCCUUCAUCACCUUUACAGCGAGACAAAUGGCCCAGUCUGCCAUCAAAUCCAUGCACCAGGCACAGACCAUGGAGGGCUGUUCUUCUCCGAUUGUUGUGAAGUUUGCGGACACACAGAAGGAUAAAGAACAGAAGCGCAUAGCUCAGCAGCUGCAGCAACAGAUGCAACAGCUCAACGCUGCCUCCAUGUGGGGAAACCUCACAGGACUGAACUCACUUGGGCCGCAGUACCUUGCACUUUAUUUGCAGCUUCUACAACAGUCGACGUCCUCUGGAAAUGCGCUCAACAAUCUCCAUCCAAUGUCAGGUUUGAAUGCCAUGCAGAAUCUAGCUGCAUUAGCAGCAGCUGCGAGUGCUACGCAGGCAACGCCCACAGGUAGCAGCGCUCUGACCACCUCCAGCUCUCCUCUAAGCGUCCUCACCAGCUCAGGUACGCCCUCUGGACAGCCUGCUCAAUCUGCCUGGGACGCCUACAAGGCAGGUUCCUCUCCCACCUCCAGUACUAGCUCUUCUGUAAACCCUAUGGCGUCUUUAGGUGCUCUUCAGUCUUUUGCUGCAAGUGCUGGAGCAGGUCUCAAUAUGAGCUCACUAGCAAGUAUGGCCGCUCUGAAUGGUGGUCUGGGCAGUGGAGGUCUCUCUAAUGGCUCUGGCAGUACUAUGGAGGCUCUGACUCAGGCAGCUUAUUCUGGGAUCCAGCAGUACGCAGCUGCUGCCCUGCCCAGCCUCUACAGCCAGAGUUUAUUGUCCCAGCAGAACGUCAGCGCAGCCGGCAGCCAGAAGGAAGCAAGUCACAAUCAGAACGCGGGCCCAGAAGGAGCAAAUUUGUUCAUCUACCACCUGCCACAAGAGUUUGGUGAUCAGGAUCUGUUGCAGAUGUUUAUGCCUUUCGGCAAUGUAAUCUCAGCCAAGGUCUUCAUUGACAAGCAGACCAACCUUAGCAAGUGUUUUGGCUUUGUAAGUUACGACAAUCCAGUUUCAUCCCAGGCGGCCAUUCAGUCAAUGAACGGUUUUCAGAUCGGAAUGAAGCGACUGAAGGUGCAACUUAAACGAUCCAAAAAUGACAGCAAGCCAUACUGAGUGCUUUUACUCUCAAAUGGACUUGGUUUGAAAAUGUUUUUCUGAUAUCUUCGUGCCCGUUUGUCAUCGUUUGCCUAGCAUGUCGAUGUGACGUCAAAAGUUCAUCGUCCAGUCCGUUGUCCUCUUCGCUUCUCUGACGCUUGAAAUUUCACACUUGACCUUUUUUGUUAACUUUUGACGCUGUUGAUUACUUAUUUUGUUUGUUUGUUCCUUUGUGUGAUGUUCAUUUCUGUCAUUUGUGCUGCCAAUAGGGAGCGCUAGAAAGACUGCUAACGUGUAAAAAGUUUCUUGAAAAUUGUUCUGAGCAAAAAGAGUCUAUUUUUCUAGAACGUUAAAAACAUAACCACUAGAUUUUUUUUAAUUUUCAAUUGUUGAAUUUCUGUUGUUUCUCUUUAUCAAAUUUUUAUUGUUUUAGAGCAGUCUUCCUAGCGCUUCAAAUUGUACUCCUUUUUUGAAGUUUUUGUUUCUUCUCAAAGCAGCCAUUCAGUUUAUAUUCACUUUUUUGUGUGUUCAAGUGUGGGUGUGUUUCCCUCUUUCUUUCACUUAUAGUUCUAAAACUUUUAGAGGAUGUUUUCGUCACAUUUUGCUGAAAUUGAGGAUAAACUUUGUAGUUUUGUGUUAGGUUAGUUGGCAUGAUGUAAUUUUGGGAGAUUCUAAUAACAGAGUGACGUUACAAUAGACACUUGAAUUGCCUUUUUUGUUCUUUGUGUGUCGAGCCAAUACGGGCACAUGUUUUUAUUUCCUUAUUGUGUGAAAAUCAGGAUUAGUCUGAAAUAAAAAUGCAUAGAAUGAGCAGAGUUGAAUUUCUUGUCACAGGUAAAUAUUAAGCAUGCAUGUUUUUGUUUUGUAAGUGCACUGAAAUCCUCAGCAAAAUGUGAUUUAGUUCUGUUUCAAAGUCGAAGAUGAAUAAAGUGGUGCCAAAAGUUUUGCAUGUUGCUGUUGGUCACAUUUUCAGUAUAUGUUUCACAUUAUGCUACUGCUAAGUUUUAGAAAAGCUAAUUACAUUGUGUUUUUUGGUAUAAAGUGGGAUUUUUAAAAUUUUUAAGUGGUCACUGAUGAAAUAUAACUUAUUGUGCCUACAUCAGUAAAAUCAUCAUAAUUUUUUAAAGAUGUAUUCAGUUAAUGAUCUGUUACAACCAUACAGUACAUCUGUUUUACUUUUUUAAUCUUUUAUCAUUUUGACAUGUGUAUUUGUUGUGAUUAAAGUUGUGGACUGCUUAGCAGAGGUGAACUGCCGUUUCGGGGACAGCCCUCUAAAUAUCCAUGUUCCCAUUAAUGAAGAGCCACAUUAGGGAUUCCCUUUUUCAUGCCGACAGACUAAUUGAGGUGGUGAUGUUUUCUUUGUAGAUUUAUAAGCUGCUGUUUUGUGAGUUUAAAUGUACUCUGAGAAAAUUUCCUGUGGGUGUUUGUCAUUAUUGGUACAGAGUGAUUGUAUUUAACAUUUAAGAUUUGUACAGAUUUUGCCUUUUCUACUUCAGAAUUUUUGUUUCACACAUGUAAAUCCCAUUACGUAGAGCAUGUAGACUAUAACACCAUGACCAAACAUCAACUGAAAAAAAAACAAAUUCACAAAACAGCCUUUGAGUUAAGAGGUGAUUUCAAGUUUUUUGUCAUUUGUGUGGUUGGCAGUGUAGAGUGUUGAAUUUAUUAGAUGUCUGAAACAAGUGUGUUGUAUGGGUUUGGUUUUUUCCUCGCUACUGUUUAUACAGAAAUAUAGCACAGUGGACACUCAAAGCAGCCAACUGCUAGUUCAACUUUAGUAUAUGUAUUAAAACUGUUUGAAAAGAUUCACA